CCGCCGCCGCAGUGGCCGCCGCCGCCGCUUGGUCGCCGGUCGGUCUGCGGGUGGCGGGUUAUGGCGGCGGCGGCAGUGGGAGCUGUGAAUGAGUUCUCCGGCCGGACGACGGAAGAAGAAAGGCUCCGGCGGCGCGAGCCCGGCGCCCGCCAGGCCUCCGCCCCCCGCCGCGGUCCCCGCCCCUGCCGCCGGCCCGGCCCCUGCGCCCGGCUCGCCGCAUAAGCGGAACCUGUAUUUCUUCUCGUACCCGCUGGUCGUCGGCUUCGCCCUGCUGCGCCUGCUGGCCUGCCACCUGGGGCUCCUCUUCGUGUGGCUCUGCCAGCGCUUCUCCCGCGCCCUCAUGGCCGCCAAGAGGAGCUCCGGGACCGCACCGGCGCCCGCCUCGCCCUCGCCACCAGCGCCCGGGCCGGGCGGCGAGGCCGAGAGCGUCCGCGUCUUCCACAAACAGGCCUUCGAGUACAUCUCCAUUGCCCUGCGCAUCGACGAGGAAGAGAAAGCAGGACAGAAGGAACAAGCUGUGGAAUGGUACAAGAAAGGCAUUGAGGAACUGGAAAAAGGAAUCGCCAUCAUAGUCACAGGCCAAGGUGAACAGUAUGAAAGAGCUAGACGCCUUCAAGCCAAAAUGAUGACUAAUUUGGUUAUGGCCAAGGAUCGUUUACAACUUCUAGAGAAGCUGCAACCAGUUUUGCAAUUUUCCAAGUCACAAACGGACGUCUAUAAUGACAGUACUAACCUGACGUGCCGCAAUGGACAUCUCCAGUCAGAGAGUGGAGCAGUUCCGAAGAGGAAGGAUCCCUUAACGCAUGCUAGUAAUUCACUGCCUCGGUCAAAAACAGUCGUGAAAAGUGGAUCCGCGGGGCUCUCAGGGCACCACAGGGCACCUAGUUGCAGUGGGUUAUCCAUGGUCUCUGGAGCAAGACCUGGUCCUGCAGCUCCCACACAUAAGGGUACACCAAAACCAAAUAGAACCAACAAACCUUCUACACCCACAACUGCUGUUCGGAAAAAGAAAGACUUGAAGAACUUUAGGAAUGUGGACAGCAAUCUUGCUAACCUCAUAAUGAAUGAAAUUGUUGACAAUGGGACAGCUGUUAAAUUCGAUGAUAUAGCUGGUCAGGAACUGGCAAAACAAGCAUUGCAAGAAAUUGUUAUUCUUCCUUCUCUACGGCCUGAGUUGUUCACAGGCCUCAGAGCUCCUGCCAGAGGGUUGUUACUCUUCGGUCCCCCUGGGAAUGGAAAAACAAUGCUGGCUAAAGCAGUAGCUGCAGAGUCUAAUGCAACUUUUUUCAAUAUAAGUGCUGCAAGUUUAACUUCAAAAUACGUGGGGGAAGGAGAGAAAUUGGUGAGAGCUCUUUUUGCUGUGGCUAGAGAACUUCAACCGUCUAUAAUUUUUAUAGAUGAAGUUGACAGUCUUCUGUGUGAAAGAAGAGAAGGGGAGCAUGAUGCUAGCAGACGACUAAAAACAGAAUUUUUAAUAGAAUUUGAUGGUGUGCAGUCUGCUGGAGAUGACCGAGUACUUGUAAUGGGUGCAACUAACAGGCCCCAAGAGCUGGAUGAAGCCGUUCUCAGGCGUUUUAUUAAACGGGUAUAUGUGUCUUUACCAAAUGAGGAGACAAGACUGCUUCUACUUAAAAACCUGUUAUGCAAACAAGGAAGCCCACUGACCCAAAAAGAGCUUGCACAACUUGCUAGAAUGACUGAUGGAUACUCUGGAAGUGAUCUAACAGCUUUGGCAAAAGAUGCCGCACUGGGUCCUAUCCGCGAGCUGAAGCCAGAGCAGGUGAAGAAUAUGUCUGCCAGUGAGAUGAGAAAUAUUCGAUUAUCUGACUUCACAGAAUCCUUAAAAAAGAUAAAACGAAGUGUGAGUCCUCAGACCUUAGAAGCAUACAUACGCUGGAAUAAGGACUUCGGAGACACCACUGUGUAAAGGAGUGAACGCACUGCACUUAAACAAGAAACAUGAGCUUCAGAAAAGUUCUCAGCUGCAGGAAUCAGCCUUCGUUUACAGGACUUUUAGAGUUUUCUUUUUUGUGCACCAAACUGAGGAACAAGAAGACAGACCUAAAUAAAAUAUGCAAUGUGAAUGGAUUUUUUUUUUUUUUUUUUUGGUUUUUU